AUGACAUCUGGAAGCUUGAAGCAGGCAGCCGAGUCGGCGCGGUCCAAGGGAUCCGAGAUGGCCGCAUCAGCCAAGAACGACAUCGCCUCCGUCUCUUCGGGCAUCUUACACACCCCUGCGAUGCGGAUGGCUCUGCCGUUUAUCAACGGGGGUCUGAGUGGCAUGGUGGCCACGACCAUGAUCCAGCCGGUGGACAUGGUCAAGGUGCGCAUCCAGCUGGCCGGCGAGGGCACGUCGACCGGUGCCAGGCCGACCGCCCUGUCCGUCACGCGUCAGAUCGUCGGCAGCGGACGCGUGAUGGACCUGUACACUGGGCUGUCCGCGGGGCUCCUCCGGCAGGCCGUGUACACGACGGCGCGCAUCGGCUUCUUCGACACCUUCAUCAAGACGCUGACGUCGCGGGCGGGGGAGCGCAAGGUCGGCUUCGCCGAGAGGGCCGCCGCCGGCCUCACGGCGGGUGGCCUUGCCGCCAUGGUGGGAAACCCGGCCGACCUGGCGCUGAUCCGCAUGCAGAGCGACGGGCUCAAGCCGGCGGCCCAGCGCAAGAACUACCGCUCCGUCUUCGACGCGCUGUCGUCCAUUGCCAGGUCCGAAGGUGUCGGCGCGCUCUGGGCCGGUGCCGCCCCCACCGUCGUGCGCGCCAUGGCCCUCAACUUUGGCCAGCUCGCCUUCUUCAGCGAGGCCAAGGCCCGUCUGCGCGACAGCCCCGACCUGACCCUUUCCCCGCGCGCCCAGACGCUCAGCGCCAGCGCCAUUGCCGGCUUCUUCGCCAGCUUCUUCAGCCUUCCCUUUGACUUUGUCAAGACGCGCCUGCAGAAGCAGCAGAAGGGCGCUGACGGGAAGCUUCCUUACCGCGGUAUGGUCGACUGCUUCGCCAAGGUCGCCAAGGCUGAGGGCAUCACGCGCUUCUACCGCGGAUUCGGGACCUACUAUAUUCGCAUCGCUCCUCACGCGUAA